GAGCCGAGGCAAUAAGAAUACGCAGGAACUACCAUCAACUCUUGUCUAGAUUCUGAAAAUCCAGUCCCAUGCUGGUCAUGAGCAGGCCCUGAGCACACCUGGGAGGGACCUGCGAAUGUCCCUGAGGAGGAAAGUCCCAGGGCACUUGGGGCAGGCCUCUCCAGAGGGCUCCGGAUUUGCCACCCAGCCGCAGGCCAUCUCUCUUCAGGGGGAGAUCAUCGGAGGCCGUGAGGCCAGGCCUCAUUCCCACCCCUACAUGGCAUUUCUCCGAAUCCAGUCUCCAAACGGGCGGCGCCUAUCCUGCGGCGGCUUCCUGGUGAGAAACGACUUUGUGCUGACCGCGGCGCACUGCUGGGGAAGAACUAUCACCGUCAUCAUGGGGGCCCACAACAUCCAGAGGCAGGAAAGGACCCAGCAGCACACAAGGGCGCUCAGAGCCAUCCGCCACCCUGGCUAUAAUCCCCAGACCACCAGGAAUGACAUCAUGUUAGUGCAGCUGGCAAAGAGAAUGCGCAGGACAUCAGCUGUGAGGCCAGUGGCUCUGCCUCGGAGGUCGGGCAGUGUGAGACCGGGGAACAGGUGCACUGUGGCGGGCUGGGGCCUGCUGGGCCUGAACAGGAGAACAAACAAACUCCACGAGGUGCAGCUAACCGUGCAGAGGGACUCGAGGUGUUCCAAUCGCUUCCGUUUCUACGACAGCCAAACGCAAAUUUGUGUGGGAAACCCAGGGCAGAGGAAGUCCGCCUUCAUGGGGGACUCCGGAGGGCCCCUGGUGUGUAACGGUGUGGCCCAGGGCAUUGUCUCCUAUGGAAGUAGGAGCGGGACUCCUCCAGCAGUCUUCACCAGGGUUAAGAGCUUCAUGCCCUGGAUCAACAGAACAAUGAGACGCUUCAAACAGCCUUGCCAGACCUAGACGGCGCGGUGACUGACUCUGCUCUGGGGUGGCUCCAGGGAGCGUGCCUUAAUAAAUGUCCAUGUCCAGAGUGGAAAUAA